CCUCCGCUGAUUCUGCCGCCACCACCACCGCUGAUACUGCCUAUUCCUCUGCCGAUACCGCCGUCUCUAUCGCCAAUAACACUGCCGCUCUGGUAUCUGAGAAUGCCACUGAAAUAGCCAGGUCAGUACUCACUGAACUAGACGCCGAAGUGACGGCCCUUAAAAAGCGCUUGGAAAUACUUACGCUACGCAGACAGAUAGAAGAACUGGAGCGCCCUCCCAAUAGUAGACGACAAGGUCGCCUGGAAUUCGGCGAUAUUGAGCACGCUCUGCCUAAAUUUAAUGGCGACGACGUAGCUUAUCACGUUCGCCAUUUUCUGCGAGAUUUUGAGGAAAUAAUGGAGUCCUCAGGGGCUGACGACAAUUUUCGCUUGCUUGCCCUGCGCCGGUCCCUAACAGGCACAGCGAAGGUAUUUUUAUCGACCACGGCCGCCCUAAAUUACCAGGCGCUAAAAGCAGCGCUAUCAAGCGAAUUCGACGUGGGAAUCACAAGGCAAGAAGUGUACAAAAUGCUGUCGCAGCGACGCUGGAAGAGGAAAGAGGAGACGCUCCACUGCUACACGCUAACCAUGCAGGCCAUUGCGAAGCGCGCCAAUAUCGCCGAUACGGAGCUGAUAGACUUCAUAAUAGACGGCAUCGGGAACACUACCCCGCAUGCCCACAUCCUGAUGACGGCACGAAGCGUAGAGGAAUUAAAAACCCUUAUAAACCGGUACCAACACAAAUAUUUCGUGACCGGGGCGGUGCAGCCAUCUAACCAGCGGCAGACAACGGCGCCGAAACAAACGGACGAUUCGAAGCUGAAGUGUUUCAACUGCUCCCGGAACGGGCAUAUAAAACCAAACUGCCCAUUCCCACUAAGACCGGAUGGUUCCUGCUUCAGGUGCUGGAAGAUGGGCCACGACCAUCGCUCAUGUCCAAAUCCAGCAAAGCUUCUGAAGAGACGCGAAGUAGCCACUGUCGCCGAGGAUGAAGACGACCAACCAGGUGCAAUUGGCGCUUUUAACUCUUCCGAUUAGUUUUGUAAAGGCAUCACUGGUCCCAAAACAACUAGGGAAAAAACAUAUGGUUGAUAGAGGCCCCAGUUAUAAAGGCAUCGGUGGAAGCAAAAUUAAAAUACUUUAUAAAAUGAAAUGUACAAUUGAAUUCUUGAACAAAAAAAACGAAAUUGAAUUAAAUGUUAUUGAAGACAAAAGCAUAAAUUUGCCAGUUAUUUUGGGACGUGAUUUCCUCAAUAAGUUUAACAUUUGUCUGACUAGCGCAACAGAUAGUUCCACUAAGGAAAAAUUGCUCGAAAUAAGAAAUGUUAACGACCAUAGUUUGUAUAAGUCUGAGAAGUUUGUAACUGAUCCCAACGCACACUCGGCCGUCAUGAAAUUAGACGAAUUAAAAUACGCU